CACAGGUUUUAGUCCGAAGUUCAAAGGAACAGACUAUUUCUGUUCGCGUACUAUUUUGGAUAUUUCUCUCUUGUGAGAGAACAGAUGACAUUUCGCCGAAAUCUGGCAGUUGGUUGGUUUCUGCUGGAGAUUUUAAACGAACGCACCUAUUAUUGAUGGUUGAUUGAAGGAUACAUCAUUUUGCGAAAUAGCAGGUCUACUGGCCAAACUAUUGCUGCUCGAUGGACAUAAAAUAUGGGUUACUUGUACAUUCCGUAGGAAGAUUGCGUUUUGCUGGUUGGAAAACCGAAUUGGAAGUAUUUUGUUCAGUAUCUGUUUCUUCAAUUUCCGUCGAUAUAUCCAUAUCGGACAGCAAAAUAUUGCUGUUGUUCUUCUCUGAAUGCUGUACGGUUCUUACAUAAGGUAGCACAAACUCCAAAAUGUCAUGCAGGUAAUACGGCUUCUUGGCUUUUGCUGAUGAACCACUUGGAGGUUCUUUUAAACUUCGAACGAAAUUAUUUCGGACAUUUUUCCAUUUGUCUUUGCAAUCAGCGACUAUAAAAGAAUGAAAACGUAAUAAAAUAUUUAGCAACCGGAUGUACAUAUACCGCACUAGCGCUGUAUUUUCAGCGGGGCGAACGCACAAUUGGUCUCGUUGUUGAAGAAACGACCAAAAAAAUUUGGGAUAUACUCAAUGGAACAUAUAUGGAAAUGCCGAAUCGCGAUGAAUGGACUCGAAUUUCGAAUCGCUUUUAUGAGUUAUGGCAAAUGCCCAAUUGUUUAGGUGCAAUAUAUGGUAAACAUAUCCGCAUUGAAAAGUAUCCGAAGUCUGGAUCGGCUAAUUACAAUUACAAGAACUAUCAUUCUAUAAUCUUACUUGCCAGUAGCGAUGCGGACGGAUUUUUUACAACUAUUGAGACCGGGUUUGCUGGACGAAACAGCGAUGGAGGCGUAUUUAGAGUUUCACAGCUGCAGCUAUGGUUGGAAAGAAGCUCUGAAGUACCACUACCCAAAGAACUACCCCACGACGAGAGCGGAACCAAAUUUCCGUUUUACUUUGUAGCAGACGCUGCGUUUCCAAUUAGGAAGAAUAUAAUGCGGCCAUAUCCAGAGCGAGGUAUAGACAAUAAAAUGCGCAUAUUCAACUACAGGCUGAGUCGAGCGCGAAAAAAUAUUGAGUGCACUUUCGGCAUGGUGACCCAAAAGUUUCAAGUGUUUAUGUCACCAAUUCGCUGCAAAAAUUACGACACAAUUAUUUCAAUAGUGCAGUGUGCAUGCAUUUUGCAUAACUUCAUACGCAAAAAAGACGGCACAUUAUAUACGAGUACUACACAAGUUCGGGAAAACACCCACUAUCAAUCUGCAAAUAUACCAAUGCCGUCCAGUAUUAUAGUAGCUCCACUGCGCAAGCUUUAAGGAACUACCUCGCAAAUUAUUUCUUACGUCCGAAUUCCGCUUUACCAUGGCAAUGGACUUAUUGCAUUUAAAAUAAAAUAAAUACUCAUUUAUUGCUUAAUGAACCGAUUGCUAUUUUUUUUAUUAUAUUGGCGUUUUUAUGAUUUCGCUGUUGUUAUUGCAGCACUUUGGCCCUAAGCUAUUUGUUGUUUUUGUAACUAGUAAAGCGCAUAAUUACCCUCUUAAUUGAUUUAAUUAGCUAAAAUACUGCUCUAGUCACUUGAAAUAGCGUAAGGAUAUCAACUCAAAAUUGAGAAGUUCAACUCUUCAACCUUUGUAUUAUAUACCAUACUCGCAUAUUACCAUAUGCAAAACAUCCUAAAUAAUUUUCACUGUUUUAAUACUAAUCUGGCCCCUUAGCACAUGUAAUGCUAACUAGGACCCUAUUUUACUGUCAUAUGUAGAUCCAAGCUACUUUUGAAAUUAGGGAAUUUUGCUGUCCAUUAUGACUUUCCGACUCAAUAUAGUCAUCACUAUUGAAUGAUCCUCCGAUUCUAGUGUUAUCAAAUAGGACAUUGAACGAAUUCCUCUAAAACUAUGACGUCGGUAGAGAAACCUUUAUUUAAGCAAAGAUCCUUGAAGCAUUAGCUGAACUCCUCAACAACAUCAACAUUAAACUUGCCCUAAUCAAAAUAAAGGGCAUUGUUUCUUUAUUUUUUAAUCUUAUGCUUUAUUGUUAAUUUUUUUUAAACAUAACUGCCAUCGCCUAUCCCAUAUUGCUCGUAUGGUGGCCUCUUUUUGAGACUGUUGCUUUUUAAAGGGUUUAUGAGA